CAAACAUGAACAGGACCUCGGUCUUAAGACAUAUAGUCACCAAUCACCGGAGCUUUUGGCUGCUUCGGAAGGCGGCCUCUAGUCGUAGCCGGAGUCAAGCACACCGAUACUGUCCUUGCCUUGCUCGCAUCUAGCCCGGCGCCAGCCCACCGGAGCAACCAGACUAUUCACACCACAUCAUUUGGUGUGCUUCGAGGCAGUAUUUAAUCUGAGUACAAGAGCGGCCCUUGUCCAAGCCUGUUCACCUGCUGGAGACUCGGUCGAUUUAUCGACACCCAUGAGCUUUUUCGUAUAGUGUCGAUCAGUCCUGCUCGCGGCACCUCUAACGAAAUUCUUAGAGUUAAAGCGAAUUCAAGCGACGUCAUGGCUUCCUCUUCCGCCCCUGCAGCUGAUGCGCUCGACAUCUACAAGCUCACGCGGCUCAAGCGCAUUGCCUCUCCGUGCGGGGGGGCUGGAAGCGAUGAAUGGGUCUUCGAAUCGGUGACCCAGGCGCUGGAGCUGAUGGGCAACCCGAGCAAGAUUGCAUAUGGCGGCUGUGCAUUGGCACUCGCCGUCACGGCAGCUUUCCAGUCUCUUGAAGGCAAGGACUAUGCGAUCUACUCGAUGAGUGCACAGUAUCUUGGCCCUACGGCGUUCAGCCAGGCUGUGCGGCUGUACGUGCGCUCGCUGAGAGAUACACGGACAUUCUGCACGCGUUUCCUACUCAUAAAGCAGCAGCAGACCAAUGGUCGAUGGCGACCGACACUCUCAGCGACAUGCGACUUUGUCGCGCCUCAAGAGGCCGACUCGGUUCAGACGCUCCUUCGUUUCAGUGUUAAGCCGGAACAUCCGAAUGCCCCCCCACCAGAGACCCUUCCAUCGCCAGAUGUGUCGCUCAAGCAGCUUGCCGAUGAGGGCAAUGUUACCGAACGCGAACUGUCAGAACAUGAACGGAAUUUCUCCCCCAUGGCACGGUACGCUGACAUGCGCACCGUACCGGAUACUCCAAUCGCACAGAAGCUCGCGGGAAUCCAGUACAAAUCUGCAACCUCGCAAGACGGCCGAGAGCUAGCGGAGAAGCUCUCGUCGGAUUGGUUCAAGGCGACCAGCAACCUGCCGCGGCUCGUCGAGCAAGCUGACCCAUCAGAAAAUCUCACGUUGCGCGCGCUCACCGCGGCGCUAACCGUCUUCUACCUCGACAAUUCCAUGGCCUUCUUGCCGCUGACCCACUCAGAAGGGUAUUGGUUCCCGCACGUCUCGGCCUGCUCCUCGCUCGACUUUGUCGCGCGCUGGCACACCGACAGCUUUGACGCGGCGCAAUGGCACCUCAGGGAGCUCAGGGCGCUCCAUGGUGCACAUGGCCGCACAUUCAACGAGGCCAGAAUAUUUGAUCGGCAGGGCGAAUUAGUGCUUACGUCGUCGCAACAAGCAGUCAUGCGAGCGUCGCAGGCGAUUCAGGAAGAGAAGCUGGCCAGUAAGAGCAGAUUGUAAUGGUAUGGACCACAUACCAGACUCCUCUCUCGCACCCGCUACCGCUCAUUCAUUUCGGCAACGGUUCGCCCACACCUUACAUGAGGUAGGCAUCCACAAUUGCCUUCAUGUGAGAAAGAAAGUUGAUUUCCAUACAUCUCUUUCUCAUCGUUGAGGUUUCAUCGCACGGUGGCACGCGGAUAACCUUGAAUCCACGCAAUUUAAACGGCAUAUAUCUCAGGGAGCUCGCUGGGGUCAAGGCACUGCACACACGGCCGCACACUUAGCGAAUUGCACGCCUUCGACGAAUAGAACUUUGGUGAUCAGCGUGUCACAAUAGACUGUCGUGCGAGCGUCACACAAGCUUGAGGGUGAGAAGGUGCUAAUCGCAGCACAUGCUAAGCAUGUUUCAUAGAGGGAA